CUAGUGAAUCACCAACAGUGAGAUUACUGAUUCACUUACUCUGCUUCCUUGAUGAGAAUCAACUUUGUGAAGCAAAAUGCCUUUUGCUACUGCACUCCCAGAGGUGUGAUUUGUGAGGAUAUUGCGAGUAAAUGAAGAUGGAAUGUAUUCAAUGAGAAAGAAUAUCGGUGUAAAGAAAAAAACAAAAAACUUUUUUUUGGAUUUCAUAAGCAGUAAAAGGUAAAUUCUACAAUAAAUAGGAACUUGUGGGAAGAUGUGAGCUUUAUUUUCAGUUGAAACAAAAAAAAGCAGGAAGAGCAAAUUAGUAUCAUCGUAUUUCUCUCCCAGAAUGUCCUGGCCUCGUAAGCAUUAUAAUUCUAUAUCUUGGAAAGUAACAGGAGGGAACUUUUGAUGUUCAUGUAUAAUAUUAAACAUAGGACAAAGGUACACAUGAGAAAUGUUUUCUUCAAAUAGAUAAGCAUUUUGUCUAUUUUUAUUUUCUCUUUUACAGUAAUGCCAAUGUUCGCUAACUAUUCUGGCUUAGUUAUACAGACAUCUAUUGGAACUGAAUUGGAACUGUCAAUGAUGUGACAAGUGAACACAUCAGACAAGCGAUGAUAAGAAUUUUUUUAUAUUAAAUGAGAGGAUCUGUACAUGCAAUAAGAGACACUGCAGUGAUUAUUAAAUAUUGGCAAAUUGCAAUGUACUCAGAAGAUGGAACACUGACAAUUGAAUAGCAACAACAGUAGGACUGAUGGAAUACUGGACAAUAUGUCUGAGGUGGUUCAGUUUAAAUUAUCUUAUCAUAUCAGUGAUGAAUUUUAAAGCAUCAAAAUAAGGUUGGAAUCAGCAUUAAAAGCAGCUUUCGUUCAACUCCAACAAAGAUUUCACUGAGCUAUUCACCUAUAAAGGGAGGUAUUAUAAUCACAUUGAAUGUGAUGCCCAACCUUCUGAAAAAGUUUUUUUUUUCCAUUGCUGCUGUUGUAAGUUUUAUAUCUGCAAUCCUGCUGACUGUGGCACUUGGGACAACGCGAUGGGUGACCGGUACCAUUCUGUGCAAAACAGGGGCUGAAAUUGUGAAUGCUACUGAUCCAGAGAUGGCAAAGUUCACAGGAUCUCUGCACUAUGGAUUAUUCCGGGGACGAAAAAUACGAAAAUGUGGUCUAGGAGGACGGGACUCUGAAAUCACAAUUUUUCCACAGUUGGUGAAAACGUUGAACACUGCUGUUCAUGUUUUGGUGGUAUUAUUUAUCUGCCUGGCAAUUGCAUUUGCUAUGGUCAGUUUUGGAUUUUGUGUUUACAAUGCAGUGAAAAUCCCUUACCAAGCCAUGAAAGGAACUAUGGGCAUCUACCUCUGGAAUGUAUUUGCAAGUAUAUGUGGAGUGUCUGCAAUUGUUUGCUUUUUUGCCGCUGUGAAGCUUCAUCGCCACACAGAACGAAUUGCCAAUUUUCGUGAGCAAGUUUUCAAGUUUGUCAUACUUCAGGAAUACUUUGACUCUUCCUUCUGGAUUUGUGUGGCAAGCCCUGUGGUACAUGUAGUGAACAUGUUGGUGGUGCGCAUCGGUGGAAUACAAUUCCCCACCUUCAAGACCAAAACAGAGGAAGCAAAUGUCACACCUGAAGUCCUGAUGUACUAGCCAACCAACAUUGCUAUUAUUACCAUGCAGGAAGACGUUAUUGGAAACCUUACCUGUACUGGACAGCUACCAACAGCCAUAUGCAUGUUGUUAUAUUUUGUGACGAAUAAUUCGUAGCUGGUAUAGAAAUGGUGUUAAUAUACAAUUUUAAACUAAUGUAUUUACAUUACAUGUAUUUGUUACUGAGGUACAGUAUUUCAAUAGAGCUGUGUACAAUUUAUCAUUACAUAAAUAAUUAAUAGCAGAGUACUUAUGUUCUUCACCCAAUUUUUGGCUUCAUGGAAGAGACAGGGGGUGAUGGUGAAAGGUGAUUUUUCAGGCAGGAGGCCUGCGACUAGUGGUGUGCCUCAGGGAUCAGUGCUGGACCCAUUGCUGUUUGUGAUUUUUAUCAACGAUUUGGAUGAGAAUGUAGAAGGCAUGAUUAGUAAGUUUGCAAAUGACGCUCAAAUGGCUGGUAUCGUAGAUAAUGAAGAUGGUUAUCAAAAAAUACAGCAAGAUCUUUUUGGAUGGGCAAGCGGGCUGAGGAGUGAUAAAUGGAGUUUAAUGCAGAUAUGUACGAGAGGUCAAACCAGGGCAGGACCUUCAUAGUGAAAGAUAGGGCCCUGGGGAGUGUUGCAGAGCAGAGGGAUCUGGGAGCGCAGGUACAUAGUUCCUUGAAAGUGGUGUCGCAGGUAGAUAAUGUGGUCAAGGAGUCUUUCGGUACAUUGGCCUUCAUCAGUCAGGGUACUGAAUACAGAAAUUGAGAUGUUAUGUCACAUCAUCUUGUACAUAAUAAUGUGUCAUGUAUAAGAUGUUGGUGAGGCCCCAUUUGAAGUAUAGUGUUCAGUUUUGGUCACCCUGCUAUAGGAAGGAUGUUGUUAAGCGAGAAAGAG